CGCAAGUUGACGUAUGUCGUGACUUCGUUAGUGUUUGCGCCGUUCAUUUUAUCGUCCGCUAGGAAUCGCAGCGUUUAUCCCGAGGAGUGUUCAUAAAUUUGCGAUUUCCAGAAAAGCAGAGAAAAUCAGCAAAGGAUGACGGACACGAGCGAUUUGGACCGCCAGAUCGAGCAGCUGAAGCGUUGUGAGAUCAUUAAAGAGGCUGAAGUGAAGGCACUCUGUGCUAAAGCUCGGGAGAUUCUCGUAGAAGAGUCAAAUGUUCAAAGGGUAGACUCACCAGUCACUGUAUGUGGUGAUAUUCAUGGACAAUUCUACGAUCUGAAAGAACUCUUCAAAGUUGGUGGAGAUGUACCGGAAUCCAACUAUCUCUUCAUGGGUGACUUUGUUGAUCGUGGAUUUUACAGCGUGGAGACUUUCCUUUUACUUCUUGCACUCAAAGUGAGAUACCCAGACAGAAUCACAUUAAUCCGUGGCAAUCAUGAAUCUCGCCAGAUCACACAAGUCUACGGCUUUUACGACGAAUGCCUCCGUAAAUACGGCUCCAUCACAGUAUGGCGCUACUGCACCGAGAUCUUUGACUACCUAUCACUGUCAGCUAUCAUCGACGGUAAAAUUUUCUGCGUGCACGGCGGUCUCUCACCUUCGAUUCAAACCUUAGAUCAAAUUCGCACGAUUGAUCGUAAACAAGAGGUGCCACACGAUGGGCCGAUGUGUGAUUUAUUGUGGAGUGAUCCAGAAGAUACGCAAGGAUGGGGCGUAUCACCACGAGGUGCUGGUUAUCUCUUUGGAUCUGACGUCGUCUCGCAGUUUAAUUCGGCGAAUGAGAUUGAUAUGAUCUGCAGGGCGCAUCAAUUGGUCAUGGAGGGGUACAAGUGGCAUUUUAACGAGACUGUUUUGACUGUGUGGUCUGCUCCCAACUAUUGCUACAGAUGCGGUAAUGUAGCGGCAAUCCUAGAACUAAACGAACAUCUGCAGCGCGACUUUACGAUAUUUGAGGCAGCGCCGCAGGAAACACGAGGCAUACCCUCAAAGAAGCCGCAGGCCGACUAUUUCCUUUAACUUAAACUUAUUAAAUAUACACAUCCUAAACUAUCCCCAAACCUCUCUCAUGUUCCCCGAUCACCAUCCAUGUCUUCUUAUACAAUCAACCUACUAAUAUUAAUCUUAUUUAUAGAUAUAAUAAUUACCAUACUUUAAAUACACAAUUACAACAAGUGGAAAUGCAAAACAAACAAUGCAACACAAUUGCAAACAGAAAACAAACCAACAAAGAGAUUGAUUCAUCCAUCAUCAUCAGUUCAAUAAUAUUGUUAGUGUAGUUGCUAGUUUCUAAGACGGUAGAUUAAUUUAGUCGUUUAUUUUUUCACUCGUGGAUGAUGUAUACUGUCAAUUUUUACAUUUCAAUCACACACAGGUAUUUUUACGAAGCGCAAGAAGUACGAAUUAAGCAUUUGGCGCAUUUUAGAUAAAAAUAAUGGUAAAUUGAAAAAUUGUACGCGAAACGAAUAGGCGAACACGAUAAAACACGUAUUUUUUGUAUAUAAAAACAAUUCGUACAAGUGUAACAUGUAAUUAACUACUACUACUAUUUAAAUGGAGCUGAUGCAACAUCCCCAACGAUUCAUUCACGCGUAUUUGUGCCCAUUGAUGAUAUAUAUUGAUUAUUGAUGUAUAAACUGCCAACUUUUACGAUUACAACGUGCGAGUAGAGUUGUGACGCUGCGGUAGGCGAGGUAAAUCAUGGUUGAUGUUUGUGUUUGUCGCUUUUUGGUUCUUUUCUACAAAAUAAAUCAAAAUUGAAUGGAA